AAAACAGAGAAGGAAAAAGAUCACCACCAGCAACUCCAUUCCAUACCAUUCCCAAUCCCCACUCCACCACCAAACCCUAUUCAGCAUUUCCCCCAAUUUCCCCUCAGACCAUGGGCUCCUCCGCGAUGGUGUUGGACCCGAAACCCUCGUCGGAGCCACCGCCGUUCCUCGCGUCGACAAAAUCCGACUACCUCCAAGGCGGCUUCAGCGGCAGCGACGCCACGGCCUCCGACGAGGACGACCUCUACAGCCGCCUCAAGACCCUGCAGCGCCAGCUUGAGUUCAUCGACAUCCAGGAAGAGUACGUCAAGGACGAGCAGAAGAAUCUCAAGCGCGAGCUCCUCCGCGCGCAGGAGGAGGUCAAGCGGAUCCAGUCGGUGCCGCUCGUCAUCGGCCAGUUCAUGGAAAUGGUCGACCAGAACAAUGGCAUCGUUGGAUCCACCACCGGAUCCAACUACUACGUCAGAAUCCUCAGCACCAUCAACCGCGAGCUUCUCAAGCCCUCCGCAUCCGUCGCGCUCCACCGCCACUCCAACGCCCUCGUCGACGUUCUUCCACCGGAGGCCGACUCCAGCAUCUCGCUCCUCAGCCAGUCCGAGAAGCCUGACGUCACUUAUAAUGACAUUGGAGGAUGUGAUAUCCAGAAACAGGAAAUUCGCGAGGCCGUGGAGCUACCCCUUACGCAUCAUGAACUAUACAAACAAAUUGGUAUUGAUCCUCCUCGUGGUGUUUUACUGUAUGGACCCCCUGGCACUGGAAAAACAAUGCUUGCCAAAGCUGUUGCGAAUCAUACCACUGCCGCCUUCAUCAGGGUUGUGGGAUCUGAGUUUGUGCAGAAGUAUCUUGGUGAGGGUCCACGAAUGGUUCGUGAUGUAUUUCGUCUCGCUAAAGAGAAUGCGCCUGCAAUUAUAUUUAUUGAUGAGGUUGAUGCAAUAGCCACGGCUAGAUUUGAUGCCCAAACUGGAGCUGAUAGAGAAGUACAGCGUAUCCUUAUGGAACUUUUGAAUCAGAUGGAUGGCUUUGACCAAACAGUUAAUGUUAAAGUUAUUAUGGCAACUAACAGAGCAGACACUUUGGACCCUGCUCUGUUGCGUCCUGGAAGGCUUGAUCGUAAGAUUGAGUUCCCUUUGCCUGAUAGACGUCAAAAGAGGCUCGUAUUUCAGGUUUGCACAGCCAAGAUGAACUUGAGUGAUGAGGUAGACCUGGAGGAUUAUGUUUCUCGUCCCGACAAAAUCAGUGCUGCUGAGAUAUCAGCUAUUUGUCAAGAAGCUGGAAUGCAUGCUGUUCGCAAGAAUAGAUAUGUCAUACUGCCCAAGGACUUCGAGAAGGGUUACAGGACAAACGUGAAGAAGCCUGAUACUGACUUCGAAUUUUACAAGUGAUGAUGUUGUAGCUUUUAGAUUGGUGUGUGCUCGCGAAGUUAAUAUACAGUGCAGGGUACAUUUCUAGAGGGAUCACCACGAUCAUGAGAAAUGAAGCAAUGUUUCUGUUUCUUGUUGGCCUUUCAUCUUUUGUAAUUUAGAUUAUUUAAUUUACUAAAUAUAUUAAUUGUGGCAGCUUAAUGUUGAGUACGUACUGCAUGUCUGAUUUCAAAAGUAAUAUGGAUGACUUGCUUCUGCCUUCAUUUUGCCUUGAUGCUAAAAACAAGAUGACUUAAGUCUAUAAAAUGAGUAUGUUUUUGA